AUGAACAACAACAGCAACAGCAACAGAAAAGAUAAUGAACUUGUUGGAAAAAGAACAAGGUUCAUCAUGAACAACAACAACAACAACGGGGUUUCUGAUGAUGAUAUCACUGUUCCAUCAUUACUCCAUCAACAACAACAAUCAUCUCUCAUGUCGUCUCAUCAGGUUCAACAGCAGCAGCAGCAUCAAUCUUCUCCUUUUAACCCUCAACCUCAAGGAGGGUUUCCUAUUUGGGGUGAUGAAACAAUGAUCAACAAUAACAACAGUAACAAUAACUGGAAUCAUCAUGAUCAUCAUCAAUUGUCUGUUGAUCUUUCUGCAAUGACCAUUUUGGAUGAAGAUCAUCAUCAACCUAACAACAACAACAACAACAUUACUAGAAUCAGAGGUAAUAACAAUCUUACUGACUCAAUCACAAACAUGAGCAUGAACAUGCCUCCUUUUUGGGAAUCUCAUGCAUACAACAACAACAACAACAGCAAUAACAACAACAUUGUUGAAGAUGAAACUGUAACAGUAACAGGAACAUACCCACGUUAUCAAAACAUGGGUACUCCAAAAUCAACUUUUGGCGUUUCACCUUCACAAGGUUUAGUCUCUGAUAUGAAAUGGGGUAUGCAAAAAGGUCACGCCUUUGGUGGAGUUUCCCAAAUGGGUUCUUCCAUUGAUCUUGGAAACAAUGUUUCUUAUGGUCAUGGUCAAGGACAUGCUGGACUUGGACAUGGACUUUGUUAUGGACAUGGUAGAGGUAGAGUUGUUCCGGUUCAACUUCAAAACCCAUCUUUCUAUUCAUCUUAUAACCCUUAUGAACAACGUCCUACUGUGUAUCCUUCACCAAGAGGAUCUUCUUUUGUUAUGGAAAAUGAUUUAGGAUGGGAUGUUGCAACAAAUAAUCCUAUCAUGUACACUACUCCAAAUGUAAACAAUGCUGCAGCAGCAGCACCACCACCACCACCUCCUUCACCACAACAACUUUAUUAUCCUUCUAAUAGGUAUUUUCAACUUCCUCAAUCUCUUUAUCCUACUAGACCUAUUGAGGAACCUGUGGCUUUUAAAUGUGAUAGUAGUUUUAUCUUUCAAGAGAAUGACAUGAAGAAUGAGUGCAAUAACUCAUCAUUGUUGGGUGGUGCUAGAAAGUAUCCAUACUCACAAGAGGGAGUGAUUCCUCAAAUUUCUCAUUUUCCUUGUAAAAUUGAAAACAGUAGAAAUUUUGUAACUGAUAACGAUGAUGAUGAUCAUGAUGAUGAUGGUUAUGAUGAUGUACAACAAAAUUUGAUGAAUUUUGGUACUUCUAGUUUUCCUGAGCUACAAAGUUAUAUGCUUCAUAUGGCAAAGGAUCAGAAUGGUGGUCGUUUUCUGCAGGGGUUGGUUGAGAAAGGGAGAGUUGAAGAUAUGGAAGUGGUGUUUAAUGGAGUUAUUGAUAAUGUUGUUGAGCUUAUGAUGGACCCUUUUGGGAAUUAUCUUGUGCAGAAAUUGCUUGAGUUUUGUAGGGAUGAACAAAGGUUGCAAAUUGUUCUUAUGUUGACUAAAGAACCUGGUCAGCUAGUCAGAACCUCUUUUAACACACAUGGCACAAGAGUGGUUCAGAAGCUGAUUUCUACUCUCAAAUCAAGGAGGCAAAUUGCAUUAGUGAGGUCUGCAAUUCAACCUAGUUUUCUUGAUCUAGUUAAGGAUCUGAAUGGAAAUCAUGUCAUACAACGCUGCUUGUCAUCUUGGAGUGUUCAAGAUAAUGAGUUUAUUUUUGAUGCUGCAAUAAAGUUCUUACUUGAUGUUGCUACUCAUCAACAUGGCUGCUGUGUGCUUCAACGCUGCAUUGAUUUCUCAAAGGGGAAAAGUUUAGAAAAGCUUGUCAAAGAAAUUUGCAAAUAUGGCUUUUCCCUAGCUCAAGAUCCAUAUGGUAACUAUGUUGUUCAGUACAUUAUCCAGAUGCAAAUUCCAAGUGCCAUAGCCAAACUUACUCCUCAGUUCAAAGGGAACUAUGUACUCCUCUCCACACAAAAAUUUAGCAGCCAUGUGGUUGAAAAGUGCCUCGAAUUUAUUGUAGAGGCUAGAGCAAGGAUUGUACAAGAAUUGCUUUCUGUUCCUCAAUUUGAGCGUCUGCUGCAAGACCCUUAUGGCAACUAUGUCGUUCAACGUGCUCUCGAAUUCACCAAGGGCUCUUUGCAUGCAUCAUUGGUUGAAGCAGUUAGAGCCCACAAAAUGUUGCGUACAAGCCCAUAUUGCAAGAGGAUUUUCUCAAAAACUCAGUUUAAGAAGUGA